AUGGAAGACUACCUGAGUGUCCCCAGACAUAUGAGAAGUCCCGGGGAUGACGGCUUUCGAACCCCCACCAUAGAAGACGCCGAGCGGGCUCUCUCCGACAUUGGUGAAAGUCCCGGUAGCCGCGUGCGAGAGGCCCAUUCGACAGCUCUGCAGGAAGUCCUGCAUAGAGCGACGUCUCGGGCAGCCGAGAAAUCAAAAGCCGAGGGCAACAAAGAAGCCACUGCCUUUUUCGAGCAUGAUGGACUAGGAAUCGCGGUCAAGAAGAAAAAGCCGCCGAGUCGACUUGGAUGGAAGAAACGCAUUCGCCAUGUUACCUGGGCAUACUUUACUCUGACGAUGGCCACGGGUGGUUUGGCCAAUGUCUUCUACCAAGUCCCAUUCCGCUUCAAAGGACUCGACACGAUCGGAGUCGUUGUUUUCCUAAUUAAUAUCGCCCUCUACCUCGUUAUUUGGGGACUGCUCCUCCUCCGCUUCUACUGUUUCCCCUAUACAUUGAGAGCGUCCCUGAUGCACCCCACGGAAUCUCUCUUCGUCCCAGCAUCAAUAGUCUCCUUCGGCACAAUCCUCAUCAACAUAUCCCAAUACGGCCCCGAGCACGCAGGCCCGUGGCUGAUGCGCGCCGUCGAGGUCUUAUUCUGGAUUGACGCUACUCUCGCCGUCAUGUUCUCCGCUGGCAUCUACUUACUCUUAUGGUCAACACAAACCUUCACCAUUGCCCAGAUGACGCCUAUUUGGAUUUUCCCGGCUUACCCCAUGUUGAUUAUUGGUCCGCAUGCUGGUGUAUUGAGCUCCAAGUUGGAUCCCGCGGCUGCGCUGCAGGUCAUCAUUGGUGGUACUACUAUCCAGGGUGUGGGAUUCUUGGUCUCGUUGAUGGUUUAUUCGGCUUUCAUCUAUCGGUUGAUGACGCAGAAGCUGCCGAGAGAGAAUCUUCGUCCCGGCAUGUUUGUUUCCGUUGGUCCCAGUGGGUUUACCGUUGCCGGGAUCGUCAAUAUGGCAUCUUCGGCGAAGAGGGCGUUCCCUGCUGAUUUCAUGGGAAAUGGUGCUCUUGCUGCGGAUGUUAUGAAAGUCGUGGUGAAUUUUUCGUCUCUAUGGCUAUGGGGAUUGGCUAUCUUCUUCUUCAUCAUUGCCAGUGCUGGUCACUGGUCUACCAUCGGACACAAACGCUUGGACUUUUCCAUGACCUGGUUCUCGUUCAUUUUCCCAAAUACUGCUUUAAUCACGGCCACCUUUGCUAUUGGUGAUGCAUUCUCCUGCAAGGCUAUCAACAUUGUUGGAUGCGUGGCCAUUUUGCCCCUUUUGCUGAUGUACUUCUUCGUGUGCUACAUGAUGGUUCGGGCUAUCGUUAUGAAACAAAUCAUGUGGCCUCAGAAGGGUGAGGAUCGGGACGAGGGUGGUUUCGAAAUCCUUCAAAUCAAGUCUGUUGCGGAUCCAGAUGGAGAUACUAGUGAGGAGAGUCCUGCAUGA